AUGCUGCGGGACAGCGGCUUGUCUGCGCACAAUGUUAUGGUCAAUCGAAAGGCCACCGUCGCCAACGACGAGGUCAAGCGGCCUGCCAAACGGGUGAAACAGGAACAUGCUCCAGACGCAGACUUACCCGACGAUACCGAACUCGCGCCAGCCGACAUUGAACAGCAUAAAGCCACCGAUCUCGAGACUGCUCUUCCUCCUAUUGAUACCGACAAAGACGCCAUAAAGGCUUACGAAGCCACUCGCGCCGCCAAAUACUCCGAGUCCCAAGCCGAUCAACCAAAAUGGAUCCCUGGCCAGCGUUCGAUCUACGUCGACGCCUUCAACCUGGCCCUUGAUACUGUCCUCGAGGACGAGAGUCAUCUCUUUGACGAUGCUGAAAAGAAGGCAUUUGAUACCUGGCGUGACUUGAAUUAUGAGGCUCAGUACCUCUACGUCCGUCUGUUCCUCCGCAAGACAUCUGCCUGGCAUCGCAUCAGCCGUCUUGGCUACCACAGCGACAUCUCCGACCUCUCCAGAGCUGUCGAGACAUUACAGACCUCCUGCGACCUUCCGCCGCCUACUGUAGAAUCGCUCCCCGUUCCUCGCGAUUUCGAUCAGCCCGGCGACACUCGACUGGGACACUCUUUCACCUUCGCCGACAGGUCAGAAGAACACAUUACCACAUUGGAGGAAGCUUCAUCGCUCCUUCUGUUGGAUGAGCUCAAGUCACUUGCGAAAGAUGCAAAGGUCCAAGGCAAGACAAAGCGAGAUUUGCUGAAAGCUCUGAGGAAGGCAAGCGGGAAACAAGCUGGCCUAGGUUGGUCUUCACUCAAGCGGUCCGAUACGGAAGAUUCAACUCUAUCCGUGGCAGACGAUGAUGAAGAUAGUCGGGAAGGCACUCCCCUACAGAACCGAGAUACUCACUUUCUCGAGAAAAUCAUGGCAGAGACAGGGCCUUGUGUCCGACUCUCGGAUCCUGCACGGAGACUGUUCGAACGUGUUCACCUUGUCUUCUAUCGCUCCACUAUGUGGACGGAAAAGUCCUUGACAACCAUCAUACUUGCUAAGAUUUCACGCUUGAACUUCCCGGAAUAUCUCGUCUGCCGCUCAUCCAACAUAUUUGCAUCCAGACCUAUGUUGCUCGAGUUCGAGGCUUCGCUGAGAAUACAGUUCUAUCUCGACAGCGUUCUCGAGUUUAGUGGCACACCAAGCAAGGAGAACCUGGACACGAUCCUCGACCUCUGUGACCAUAUCCUCCCGCGGUGGAGAGAACUACUGCAAGAGGAGCAACANAAAGAAGACAGCAUCUACAUGACUGGCGAGGGUGCUUAUUUGCGACGCCUUUCUCCUGCCUGGGUCUACACUCGUAUCAUCCACAAAGGUGCAUAUGUCAUGGGUAAGUUCAAGGACCACAAGCGUGAGUACGAGACCCUGGAAGAGUUACUCAAACAGAAACUCUUCCACACUUCGAGGCGAGGUGACUGGUAUCAGCGAAAAGCUUUACUAGAAGAACACUACAUGCAUGCUCUGAUGCCCGCUCAAGGCCGUGGAGAAGAAGCUCAGAAGAAACACUGGAAACGUGUCUCUCUUCAGACUUGCGAGGAAGGUCUACAAGACCGUCUCGUACACCUGAUGUAUCAUCAUGAUCUUCAGAAACGAGUCAUGAAGCUGGAGAAAGCACUUCGCGUGCCGAUGCGAGAGCAACACGACUUCAGCCACGUUCGACUGGCGAAACCCGUGGAACGUGUUUUCUAUGGUACCAGGAUACAGCGAGUUGAACAGGCCAAUGAGACAAGAAGGGGAGGCAAGACCAUCUGGAUUGAUCCUGGAGAGAAUGAGAAUGAAGGCGAAUGCUCAGUGGAAGCAAUGUGUCUUUCGCAAUAUCGCUCGCUUGGCUACAGAGGAUACCAUGCUGAGGGCGGCAUCGUACGGACAUUGUUCGCUUACCUCUUCUUCGACGUACUCUUCGUCUACAUUCCGGAUGUGUUCCAGACGCCCUAUCAGACAUGCCCUUUGGACCUACAUACUGAUGCAUUUUACCCUUCGCGCAUAUCCGAGAUCAACCAACGCCUAAACGAAAUCAACAAUGGAGAGGCACGGAAACUGAUUCAGCGGGUGUGGGAUGACCACCACGAGAAGAACACAUGCGUUGUGGGGUUGAGUUGGUCUUAUGAGCUGGAAGACCUUCUGUCCAUCGCCAAUUGUUUCCCUCCUGCGGCUCUUAGUACCGUGUGUAAAGUCAUGGCACAAGAGUACGGACAAAGAGGAGGAGGUGUGCCCGAUCUCUUUCUCUGGAAGGAGAACCCCGACACGGGAGGAGGAGAGGUCAUGUUCGCUGAAGUGAAAAGUGAAAAUGAUCGUUUGAGUGACACACAACGCUUGUGGAUAGACGUGCUCACAGGUGCGGGUGUUGCGGUGGAGUUGUGCAAUGCUGUAGCUAAGGAAGUAAAAGUGGUUGGUUGA